CGCAGAAAAUCGUCUAGUGUAUAUCCGCCAUUCAUGCAAGUCGAUUUCGUUGGUUCUGUGUUGAGCCUAGCAAAAGAACAUGGUGAUAGUGAUAUGAAACAAGUCUAUUAGCAGUACCACGCUCUACACAUGUGUACUUUCCUGAAGUAACGAUGAUAUUUGGUCACGAUCUCCCUACGUAAAACUUAAGAAAAUGUUAUUUGAAUGAUCAGUUAAAAGAUGUUGGUCAAAUAAUAUCCAAGCAAGAAAAUUGUUCGAGCUGACGCAGCAAAUAUUUAGUAAAUACUAUGGGGGCACUUUUGGUUACUCCAAAAACAGAUAAAUACAAUGAGCAUGGCGAGAGCAAUGGACUGCGCUAUGGUGUUGCCAGCAUGCAAGGUUGGAGAGCAGAAAUGGAAGAUGCUCAUACAGCAAUAACUGGCUUAAAUGGUGGUCUCUCGGAUUGGAGUUAUUUCGCAGUGUUUGAUGGCCAUGCAGGUGCACUAGUAUCAGCUCAUAGCGCAGAACACUUAUUAGAAUGUAUAAUGCAAACAGAAGAAUUUAAAGCAGAAGAUGUUAUCAAAGGAAUUCACUCUGGCUUUCUCAGACUUGACAAUGAAAUGAGAGACUUACCAGAAAUGAGUUCUGGUACAGACAAAUCUGGUUCCACAGCUGUUUGUGCAUUUAUAUCUCCCAGAAAUAUAUAUAUCGCUAACUGUGGCGAUUCUCGAGCUGUACUCUGUAGAGCAGGAUGUCCAUUUUUUUCAACAAGGGAUCAUAAACCUGUUUUACCUGCUGAAAGAGAAAGAAUUCAAAAUGCUGGCGGUAGUGUAAUGAUUCAGAGAGUUAAUGGAGCUCUGGCUGUUUCUCGAGCAUUGGGAGAUUAUGAGUACAAGAAUGUAAAAGAUCGAGGCCCCUGUGACCAGUUAGUGUCUCCAGAACCAGAAAUAUUUGUGCUAGAUAGAGACAAUGAACACGAUGAAUUUCUAGUUUUAGCGUGUGAUGGUAUUUGGGAUGUAAUGAACAACGAAGAUCUAUGUGAUUUUAUACAUUCAAGGCUGCUGCUUACAGAUGACUUAGAAGCAGUUACGAACCAGGUUAUAGACACCUGUCUUUAUAAGGGUAGCAAAGAUAACAUGAGCAUAGUUUUGGUAACAUUUCCUGCUGCUCCGAAGCCAAGCCUCGAAGCGCAGAAGAAGGAAGCUGAGCUGGAAAAGGUCAUCGAAUGGAACAUGAGAGCAAUGAUUGGCGCACAAAAGGAUCAAAUUGAUUUUGUGAAGAUAUUACAAUUUCUUGUGGACCAAAAGAUUCCUAAUCUGCCUCCUGGCGGUGGUCUUCCAGCAAAGCAACCUUUCAUUGAACAAGUGUUUCGUAAAGUAUGUCCCCGUGAAACACUCAAUCAUAAUGUAAGUAUGGGAUACGAAUUUGAUAUAACUAACCCUUGAUCUUUUUCUAUACUGCAUCAAGUGUGCAACCAUAAUCAUUAUACAUGUUCCAUAAUCAUAACGAUGCAGAUGCUGAUAGAAAUACCUUUAUUUUAACGAUCCCUUCUGAUAUAAAGAAAUUCGUUUUAAAAUUGUAAGAAAAGUACAUUUGUAUAUUAUGAACUAAGUCUUAUCUGAAAUAAAUCUGUCACUGAACGAACAUGUGCAGAUCGUAAAUUCUUGCAGUAUGUUAUUGUUGACAAAAAUAAAUUAGAGUUUAAAAAUACAUCUAAAGAUUGUAAAAUGUUAUACAUUUACCCAGUCAGAAAGCGUGUACAUGGUUGACCUUUAAAGUUUCUAAGUUAUUUCAUGUAUUUGAUAAAUAUACAAGAUAUUAAUUUUC